CUGUCACUAGCGGUUCUACUACUUUAUUUGUAGAUUUCCCUAGCAGUUCUACUACUUUAUCAGUAGAUGUCAGCAGAAAUUAUACUUCUUUAUCUGUAGAUGUCACUAGCAGUUCUACUACUUUAUCUGUAGAUUUCCCUAGCAGUUCUACUACUUUAUCAGUAGAUGUCAGUAGCAGUUCUACUUUAUCAGUAGAUGUCAGUAGCAGUUCUACUUUAUCUGUAGAUGUCAGCAGAAAUUAUAAUGCUUUACCUGUAGAUGUCAGCAGAAAUUAUAAUGCUUUACCUGUAGAUGUCAGCAGAAAUUAUACUGCUUUACCUGUAGAUGUCAGCAGAAAUUAUACUGCUUUACCUGUAGAUGUCACUAGUAGUUCUACUACUUUAUCUGUAGAUGUCACUAGCGGUUCUACUACUUUAUCUGUAGAUGUCAGUAGCAGUUCUACUUUAUCUGUAGAUGUCAGCAGAAAUUAUAAUGCUUUACCUGUAGAUGUCAGCAGAAAUUAUAAUGCUUUACCUGUAGAUGUCAGCAGAAAUUAUACUGCUUUACCUGUAGAUGUCACUAGUAGUUCUACUACUUUAUCUGUAGAUGUCACUAGCGGUUCUACUACUUUAUCAGUAGAUGUCAGUAGCAGUUCUACUUUAUCUGUAGAUGUCAGCAGAAAUUAUACUGCUUUACCUGUAGAUGUCAGCAGAAAUUAUACUGCUUUACCUGUAGAUGUCAGCAGAAAUUAUACUGCUUUACCUGUAGGUGUUAGCAGAAAUUAA